AUUUUGGCAUCGUGCAGCUACGACGAUACAAUAAAACUUUACAAAGGAGAUGACGAUGACUGGUAAGUUAUUUCUUUACUGAUAAUAGAAUAAUUGGAAAGAUUUAAUUGUCACAACGCGUACAGGAUAUGCUUAUUUUUUGACCGUUUUUUAACUGUCACCCGAGCAUUUUGCGUCUCGCAAGAUAGGAAACAUAGUGGCCACCAUGAAGACAUGGCCAACUUAAUGCCCUCUAGACAAAGUGGCCGUUAAGUAUAGGCCAAGACAAUAAAAAAAUAAUUUGUUCGGACCAUGGGUUUGAUAGUAAUUAUGGAAAUUGUUUUUCGAGACUUUAGUAAGUGAGCACAUAACAAAGGGUGGCCUUAUAAUACAGGCUUGACUGUAUCUUCAAUUCAAUGAAUUGUCCCAAAAUUUUCAGCGGUUUCACCGCAAAUAUAUUUUUGAACAUUUGACGUCAUUUCCGUGAUUCAUAAGAGGGUUGUCAAUAGAAAAUUGUGGUCGGUUUCUUGUUAGUUAAGCAUGUGGUCUGAGGUUUAAUGAUAGUGACGAUGAUACCUACAAGGGUAUAGUAAAGAGCAUUGAUAACGUUACGUUGUGUGUUCUUUUAAUUUGCAGGUCUUGUUUUGAUACUUUAGAAGGUCACGAGUCUACAGUGUGGGCUAUUAGUUUUGACAAAACUGGUGACGGAAUGGAUUGGUGCCACUGAGGUUUCUGUCAGUUAUCACAGCCGCACGUUUUGAUACGUGGAAUACUGCCUUAGAAUUGCUGUGAUUACAUUUGUUUCCACCUUUUUUUGAAAGGAUAUAAACAACAGCUUUUGACAGAAAUCUUUGAACAAACAACAGCUGUCACUCAAUCUACCUUUGGGGUCCUUCAUGUAAAUUUUCAUAUUGUUUUUAAGUUAAACAUCGUUAAGGUCAGUUCUCUCGCAAAAAGAGUACACGUUUAAGCUUUUAGACUCUUUUUUUUUUCGCACUUAACCCAAAUCAUAUGUAGUCCUACGCCUUAACCAUCGUUUUUGUUAUUGUUAUAUGUAACUAGGAAGUCGAAAAAUACUUAUAAAAGAGAAUUACGUCCUUAGGUGAAAAUUCCUUGAAUGUUAUAUUAAGGACAAAUAUAUUAUAUUUCAACAUCUGUUUGUUCACCGCUCAUUUAUUGUAACAAUCUGACCAGGAAAUGGCCAGACAGGCUGGUUAGGUCCUCACUUUAACCGUUUUGGUUUGUUUCCUUUUCCUGAUUUUUUUUCCCAGUUUCGUGUAGCGAUGACAAAACUCUAAGAAUAUGGCAGUGUUAUGAACCUGGAAAUGAGGAAGGUAUUUGUUGAACUCUAUUACGGGACGUGGUUACAUUGAGCGCAUAAGUGCGAAUUAGCUUCAACCGUUACCGGCUUUUGUGCAGAAGAAUUCUUCGUGCUCUCCAACUCUUGUGUUCAAUUCCUUGUGUUUAAUCCGCCAUCGGUCGUGUUAUCCGUGAUACCGCGCAAAAAAUCUUUCGGAACAAAGGGAAUGCAGUUGCAGCAAGUUGCGUUGUGCACAACAACCACUUCGUAGCCAAAACAGAGUGUUUGGCCUUCACUUCCGCAAGAGAGCUAUGAUGUAAAGUCCUAGGAGUUUACUUCCCUCUUUCCUAGCCAUAUGGCCCAUAACCUUUACUAGUAACGAUGACAUUUUCUGCCUGUGUUUACAUUGAAUAAAGGUGUGCCAACCCACGGAAGUGACCCGAAAUGGAAGACAGUCUGCGUCUUAUCUGGCUAUCACGACCGAAGCGUUUAUGAUGUUCGCUGGUGAGUUGUAAUCAAACUUACUUUUCAUAUUCUUUAUUCAGUCUGUGGCCCGCUGUUCUGUUAACCUCAUGGUUACAACCAAAAAACUAUUGUUUCCACGGUUUGAAUUUGCAUUCUAUUCAUAUCCUAGCGGGCCCCUUCGCUUCUCUCCCUGUCCCGUCGGACAUCUGGGAAUCAGGCUAGGUGCAUCUACCGUAUCUCUUUUUCUGGCUUUUAUGUUGGACGUAUCUUCAUGUCGAUUCGCCUCGUUCCGAGCUCUUCAAAAUAUGUCUUUGACCCCACAGGAUACACAAAACCGCGGCAUAAAUCCGUCUCCCUUGUCAAGAUGGGAUGUAGAGGUUUGUUUGAUGCACCAUGAUCCACGUGAUCUUGAAUCCUAAUCUGUAUUAUCUCAAAGGACCGCACUCCUAGAGUACGAAAUAACUCUUUUCAUGCUUUUCUGUAAAUUUCUUUGUUGUCCUUUGACAACUGCGAUGUAAAAUGACGAAGUUUUAGGUUCUUCAAGAAGGUGAACGGCAAGACGAUAAAUAUUCCGACGUGGUUCCCUCUCUUAAGCUCCAACUUACUUUCCCAACUAUUGAGUAACUGGACGAGUUGAAAUAAUCACGAACAAGCUUAGAGGGAUACGAAGCCAGUUUCCAAUGACAUUGUUACCAGCGUCACCGUUGUGCGGUAUCGUAAGGUCCCUACCAUUUAAAGAGUGACGAGUGAAUGGCAGAUUAUGAAGACGUGCGAGGGUGUAGAUGUGGAGAAAAAGAGAGAAUCCUUCACUUCUUCAAAGCUUCACCAUGUUUACAAACGCAUUGGCUUACGACAAUGCAACAAAUUUAUGGGAUCUGCCCAAGAUUUUGCAUCUUUUGUAAUUGUUUUUCUAAUCUUAGGUCAUUUGGCACUGAUGCCAUAGCGACAUCUUCCGGAGAUGACUGCAUACGAAUUUUUCAACAGGUGAUUCACAAUCAAACUGUUCUACAGAUUUUUGAUGUUUGGUACCUCGCAAUUUAGGAAGCUUUUAUUUAAAUCACUACACUAGCGAAUCAUACCUUUGCUGAACCCACAGAAAAGUUUCAGCCUUUGAUUCUUUUAACUACUACCUAGCCAACUUCUUGAGCAAGAAAAACUAAUUAGUUCGAUGUAGAGUUUUCUAUGAGACUAAUUAAUUAUAGGUUGCUUUUUAUUUAUACAUUUAUUAAGUACAUAAAUUGUUUUUUUAUUCAUUAGGAUCCCUCUGUUGCAAUUGGUGACAAAAAUCAACCUACAUUUCACCGAGUGGCCGUUCAAAGAAAGGUUUGCAGUAAUUUCGUUGGUAUCCUGAGCAUAAUCCAGUCUAGCAUCUAUGAAAACCUGACUAAAUUACUCUACAGUCGACUCUCUCUUAACGGACACCUCUGUAAAACGGACACUUAGAGUUGGUCUCUGCCUUUCUUGACUCCCUUUAUUUGACCUUCUAUAAGACGGACACCUCUCUAAGACGGACACUUAGUGCUGGCCCCAAAGGUGUCCGUCUUAGAGAGAGUUGACUGUAUAACCCUUUUAAUUAAGGUCUUACCCUUCAGGAAGUUUGUAUGCCCCCAUUUUUGUCUGAAGAUUAAUAUUAAGCUAUUUUGAUCAUACUUUUGGUUUGGGUGCAGCUUCAGCAAAAAGUGGACCGGGUAAUUCCUUACAAAUUUCUGGGGGGGAUAACUUGGAUAUGGAAUAUUUAGAACAAUUUUACAUCUUCAUUGUCUUACGCCAGCAGCUUGUCUUUUUGAACAAGUAUAUAUAUUUUUCUCUGAACCAAGUAUACAUUUUUUUCUCUGAACCAAGUUGUCUUAAGGAGUGCGUCUUUCAUUCGUUUACUCGGCUUUGAGACGGCUAGACGCAGCGUUUGGUUGUUACGUUUUUUAAUGUUUGGUACCUCGAUACGAUAUAUGGUGUGUCUUAUGAACAACUAAUUACUGGAUAAAAAAGCAUAAACCAGAUUUCUUUUUUUCACCUGAUACAGGCCCAUUCUCCAGAUGUUAAUGGCGUGAAAUGGCACCCUAAAGAAUCAGGUCUGUUAGAAUCAUGUUCUGAUGGUGGUACAAUCAACAUGCGGAGAUUUAUACCAGAAGAUUAA